AUGGCGGCCAACUACUGGACCUCGACGCAGCGGCGGUUCUGGCUGUUUGACCGCGAGCAGCUGGCAGAGACGCGGGCGGCGCUGGACGAGGCAGACCAGGCCUUCAUCGCGCAGUAUCCGCUGCCCGACCACCGGCUGGUCAACAUCUACAUCAACCAGCAGCUGAUCAAGCUGGGGAAGCGGAUGAGCACGCGGCAGCAGGCGCUGGCGACGGCGCAGGUGUACGUGAAGCGCUUCUUUACGCGGGUCAGCAUCCGGCGGACGAACCCCUAUCUGCUGCUCACGACGGCCUUCUACCUCGCCUGCAAGACGGAGGAGUGUCCGCAGCAUAUCAAGUAUGUCGUCUCGGAAGCUAGGGGGCUGUGGCCGGGCGGAGAAUUCAUACUGAGCGACUCUGCAAAGGUCGGGGAGUGCGAGUUCUGGCUCAUCAGCGAGCUCAACUCGCAGCUGAUCGUGCACCACCCGUACCGGACGCUGUCGGACUUCUCGACGACGCUGACAAACCCGAACUCGACAGGUCUCACGCUGACCUCUGACGAAAUCGCCCUGGCCUGGUCGGUGGUGAACGACAGCUUCCUGACGGACCUGCCGCUGCUCCAGCCACCGCACGUCAUCGCCGUGAUGGCCGUGUUUGUGGCUGUGGUGUUCAAGCCCGGGACGAGCACGGGGAUGGUCGUAGGCCCAGGCACGAUCACCAGCAGCAGCAGCACUAGCAGCGGUGCGACGAGCAGCAGCAGUACCACCGGUACCACUGGUACCACCACCACCAUGACCACCGGCCCAGGAACAGGCUCGGCAACUUCUGCCGGGAUGGCUGCUGGCAUACGAGAAGGGAUGGGCGACGGGGGCCGGGUGCAGAAGGCCAUCGAGUGGCUGGCGGGCAGCGAGGUGUCGAUCGAGGCAGUGAUGGACUGCACGCAGGAGAUGGUGGCGCUGUACGAGGUCUGGGAGGGCUACGGGGAGAAGGGCCUGCGCGAGGCGAUAGGCCGCUACGUGCGGGGGAGGUUUCUCGACAAGUAG